CCAGACUCCCGCCUUAUCAAAAGUUUUUGAUUUUCAGAUUCCCGUUUCUCUCUCUCGUCUCCAAAACCCUGACAUCGCGCGCCUCACCAUUCUUCAAUUCCAGAUCCUCUCUUGAGAUCUCAACUCCCAUACCCAAAAGGUGAACGGGGGAGGUGGGUUUUGAGGGUUUUCGUGGUUUGGAAGUCGAAAACCUAAUUGGGUGUUUGUUUGUGCUUAUUGGGGGGGAGUCAAUUUCACUAUGAGUAACGAUAAUUCAGCAGAUGGGUCAUGCAAAACCCGCUCAGCUUUAGGUGAUUUGACCAAUCGGCCUCUUAAAAGGGGCUUUUCGAAUAUCUCAGCUGAUUCCGAUGCGAAAUCUGUGGGAAAUGUCGAUAGUGGUUCGCGUAAAGUUGCAAAGAUUGUGUCUUUAAGGGAUGAGAAUUUGGGGGAAGAAUGUAGCCCUAAAGAAUUGUCUUUGUCGGAGGGGAUAUUGCCGGAUCCUGUGGUUUCUCCCACUUGCAGUGCCGGGGAUUCGACGAAUGACAACAAUGCGGCUGUUAUUGUGCUGGAUGAUGACACUGAGGGGAAGUCGAGUGACAGUGUGACGGAAGUUGGUGAUGCUUCGAGGGAUAAUUGCUUGUCGGUUGCUUCAAUGUCCACAUGCUCGGGGCUGUGUAAGAAUGGAUGUUGUGAUGGCGGUGGGAAGUGUCAGUUUGAGAAAGUGGGGCAGACUUCUGAUGAUGCUCAGAGCAGUCCUGCUUUAGGCAAUGUUGUUCGCAGGAACGAUGAAAGUGAUCCUGGUGUUGGGAAAGUGGGCGCGACUACAUUUGACUCUACGGAGUGGUCUAAGAUGCCUACAUCGCUGGGUUGUUCGAUGGCGAGAUGCACAACUGUUAAUGCUCCUGCUGAUUUGAAUGCUGGGGAGGACAAUCUCAAUGAUUGCUCUUGUUCAUUCUGCUUGCAAGCUGCUCACAUUCUGUCAGACCUCCAAUACCAGGAUAUAAAGGGUCGAAUUACUGCUUUGAAGAAGAGUCAAAAGGAAGCAGGCAUUUUGGUUCAGAAAAGUUUCAGGGGAAAGGAGGUUGAUCCCAAGGGACCAAGGCACCCAAACAAAACAUCAAAACUUGAGUCUGAUCUCUCAAGUCAGUGGAGAUCCCUGUUUCUUCACAUGGAGGAUAUCUUCGUAAAUGAAGGCAACCACCUCCAUGACAAAUUUGUCACACUAAAAGAGUUGAGAGACAACUGCAAGAUGGAACUGGAAACAGCUGUUGGAGUGCCCUCAGAAAGACUUUAAUGCUGUUCACUAGAACAAUCAUUUGUAAGGUUGUUGUUAGUUUCUGCCUACUUGGGGUGCAUGUACGCGUGGUGUAUUUUUGUACUGUUGUUUCAAAGAGUUUCUUACUAGUGUUUUUUUAAUAAGCUGUAAUCUUUCGGAAGAUUUGUGUAAUAUCCUGCUGACCAUGUUGUUGGAUGGAUCUAAUGGCCCAACAUUGAAGAAUGAUAAGUUUACCUGUUAUGUACAUUCAUCCUGGUUA